AUCAGAUCUCAUUACAGAUGGUUGUGAGCCACCAUGUGGUUGUUGGGGUUUGAACUCAGAACCUCUGGAAGAGCAGUCAGUGCUUUUAACCACCGAGGUGUCUCUCCAGCCCAAGAAAAGCCCCUUUGAAGGGUCGUUUGUCUCCUGAUUUCACAAGUCUAAAUGGAAAGUGAGCAUCCUACAAUCGAUUUGCUUUGCUUUUUUUUUUUUUUUUUCCUUCAGUAACAGCAGGAGAAAAAAUUACUUUCGGGGCUGGUACCACCUGUGUGUCUCCGACGAAAUGAAAAUGUCAGUGGAGAAUAAAAAUAGAGCCAUCAAAUAAUUAAGCAAUUACAGUGUGCUAUUUUUUUUAAGGACAGCAUGUUAUCUGCAUGUCAGUAUGUGACAAUCAAGAUUUUAGAGAGGCUUCUCUAAUUCCCAGAAUCCUACCGGUGGCCUUGGGUUCCCUUGGGACACUGUGUCUCGAUAAAGAGUCUUUAGAGGUUGGCACACAGUGUGCUGGGAACCCUCUGGGGUACUACUCAUACCCAUGCCCUUGUGACCACUGAAUUCAGGUGACGGGGUGAGCAUCUGCGGGUAUCUGCAGGCUUCCAGUGAUGGCUUUAGUUUCAGCCCUGAUUCCCCUUGUGGCUUUAAGCAGGCGAAGGAGCAGUGCAGAUAAGGUUUCCCAUUUGGCAACAGAGAGGACUUUAUACUCUAUCAAAUAUAUUUAAAUGCGGAUUAUUAAUAGGGUAGCGGCUGGGGCUGGAGGCAUGGCACAGUGGAGGAGGGCUCCUUGAUCAUGCGCAGAAACACCGCUCUUGUGUCUAAGUCCAUAUGGGCGGCGGGGGGUGUAAACUUCGUUUCCUGUCUGCAAUCUGCAGUCACACUGCCCAGCACACGCCUCUCUCCACUGGCUUCCUCUGCCCCCCCCCCAGCAUAAUCCUGUUCAGUUUGGGGUCAGUUAUAGCACUCAUCUUCAGUACCUGGAUGAUGCCUUUAAAAUCUACCCCUAUUCUUGCAGAUUUCACUGAAAAGAUUGAAGCCAGUUUGGAAGAUCUGAACUUGCAAAUCCACAGGAGUCACGUAGUUCCUUUAUUCCUGUGUCUGCUCCUCAGUUCAGGCAAAUGGAGAGACAUCGCUCUGCUCCCCAGAGGAACCCUCACAACCAUACCAUCCAUAAGUUCCUUUAAAUCUUCCUGUGCUUUUUCUGUCCUUACCCUCUUGAAAUUGCAAAGGUCGACCGUGGUCCUCUCAGAGCCCAGUCCAAAGAGGGUUUUAUUUGAUCUUCACUUUUCUUUACCCAUCUACUUAGCUCCUAAUGGAUUUUCUAAACUGGCACUUUGCAUGACAGCAUCCUGACUGGGGGUCCAAAGUAACAUUAGCUUGCCUGUUGAGGAACUCCUGCUCCUAACUAUAAAACUGAGGAUACCCUUGGUUUUGGUGUCCAAAUUAAAUGGGAUAGUUACAACUAAUGUAACUGUGGCAUGAGAAAGUAUUCAUGAAUGCUACCUGUUAACAUAACAGGCUCUGAAAGGAGAAACGACUCUGAGGGAGACUCCGAAAGGCCAAAGUAGCAAAAGCCUUGUUAUUCAGUUUUUUUUCUUUGUUUGUAUUUAUUGAUUUCAUGUGUGUGGGUACACUAUAAAUGUCUUCAAGAGGGCAUCGGAUUCCAUUACAGAUGGUUGUGAGCCACCAUGUGGUUGCUGGGAUUUGAACUCAGGACCUCUGGAAGAGCAGUCAGUGCUCUUAACCGCUGAGCCGUCUCUCCAGUUUUUAACUAAUGCAUUAAGUUGCUCAGCGUUUGAAUCGCUCCUUUCCGGAUAUACAGCACGUGUUGAACUGGAACCGGUGUUAGCAGUUAAAAUACUUGUUAGUGCGACAGUCAGUCACAAUGGGCUGCUUGGCAUAGGGACAAAGUACAGUUCUUAGAUUAAACGCUGAGUUUAGAUUAAAUGCUGCUCUCUAACAGGAUUAUGUGGGGGAGAGGAGGCCAGAGCCCUGGAAGCCUUGACUGGAAUGAUGGCGCCAUCUACUGGCACCACGGGGAAAUGACGCCGGGCAGCGCGUGUCUUGGCAAGGGUGAAGUCCUCAGAAUUGUCGUUCUUUCUGGAGAAAGUGUGCAAGAGUCCGGACUGGAGGAAUUAGUAAGGGGCAGGAACAGCAAGCAGCAGGCAGGAGACACCUCGGCAGUCUGGAGCGCAAAGGCGCAGCAUCUUGGGCGGAGGAAGGACAACCUUGUGGGUGUCAUUGGAGGGCAGUUCCCUCCCCCACCUCACCACCUCGUACUGGCGGAUCCUCUCUCUUUGAUUUGUCUCGCUUUCCUAUGCUCUGCUGGCUCCAAAUUCCGAGAGGACCUUCUGGCUUCUCUUUUUGUAGGUAAGGAAACCAGGGCUGGGAAAAUCUCGCUGACUCACCACAUUUGGAGGCCAAUCCCGAAUCGGUGGAACAACGCGCCUCCCGAGAGACCCAGGACUGCCUCCAGCCCCGAAACAGCGGUUCUUCACGUGACAGUCACCCCAGGAGCCAGUUUCAUGGAACAAAUGCAGAGAAUCCCGAACCAGCCCCUCCCCACCCCUGCUUCUCAGUCCAAGAAGAGGAGGACACCACUGUCAUCUUUCUUUUCCAAGGUCUCUUGGAAACUGAGGUUGCAGAAGCGGGAACCUUUGAAGAAUCUGUUUUUCGUCUUGGCAGAAAGAGCCCGGGGUCCUAAUCCUAGAAAGCGCCAUCUAGCAAUGAGAGGCCUGGGUAUCUUGGCCCAUGAAGCUCCUGACAAGGUGAGAAAGUAUAAGAAAGUUAUGCUUGACCUGCUGGUACACGGGCUGUAUGAUCCUGUGAGUUCCGAAGUCAUUCAUGAGAGUGUGAAGACGCUGACUAUCAUGUUGGGCAAGAUCCAGGGCCAACGGCUGGGCUCCUUCUUCAUAGACAUCACCCUUCAGACCCGGACCCUAUUGGAUGAUGAGGAUGACAGCGUGCGCUACUCAGCCUUUGUCCUCUUUGGGCAGUUGGCUGCAUUUGCUGGGCGGAAAUGGAAGAAGUUCUUCACCCACCAGGUCAACCAGACCCAAGAUUCCCUCCUAAGCCAUUUGCAGGACGAAAGCCCUCAGGUUGCCAAGGCUUGCACAAUGGCUGUUCAAGCCUGUGUUCCAUACCUGAAACCCAGAAAGGAGCAGAGUUUCCAAAGUGAAGAAGACCAGAAGAACCGCAGGCUUUCCCAGCAACUGAGCCACUACCAUCCAGAGAUCCUGCUGUUCUUCUAUGCCAAUAAAAUCCUGUAGGUCCAGAGCAGCAGAGAAAGCCCACGGGAGUGCCCUGCCCCGGCAUGGAAUUUCCCAUCUGUCUCAUAGGAUACCUCUUUGACUCUCGAGUGAUUGUAAGAGAAAAGAGGAUGUCAGAGAGCAACUGAAAAAAAAAUCACCCUGGAGUGCACGCAAAGUAAAAUUCUAUGCAAGUGUGUGCACAUACAUGCACAUGACUGUGGAGGUCAGAGGACGACCUCACUGCUGUUCCUAAGGCGUCAUCCAUCUUUCCACUGAAACAGGAUCUUUGACUGGCCUGGGGCUUGCAGGAGCUUAGACUAGGCUUGAUAGCUAGUGAGCCAGCUCUGGGGUUAUAACCACAGUCCAUCGAACCAACCGUUUUUGACUGUGCCAAAUUCAGGCCCUUAUACCUACUUGUGCUGACUAAGCCGUCUCCCCAGCCCAGUAGAUGCACACUUCCUUAAAACAUUUAACAUGCAUGAUGUCCCAAUCCCUCCUUUCUCACUCCCUCUCUGCCAGGUGACACACAUUUAUAAUAUGUAACUUCUGAGGCUUGGGGGAACAAUUGUUACCUUAAACAUUUUUAAACUGUAUUUGUUUUUGAUAGUUUGCUAUUUGCUACGGACCAGGAGACCAAGGAGCUGGCUUACAAUGUGUCUUUAAUUUCGGAUGAUCUUAAAAUGUCAUGGUCUUAAAAUCGUCUUUAAAAAGAACAACAAGGAAAAGAAAUAUUGUUGAAAAUCCACUGAAUGAUGAUAAGUUACAGAAUAAAAACAGUAACAUUUACUGAGAA